CUACAUUCAAAAUAGGUUUGUACAUUAUACACUGCUGGAAACUCCAUUGUGCAGCUAAAUGUUUUGUAUUGGACUACUUAAAUCCUAUUGUGUGAAUACUGUGUAUAUAUUGUUUGUGUUAACAUACUGGCUUAUAAAAUGUAAUAUACUUUUUAUCAUAAAAAUAUUUUUUCACACUUUUCUUUUUAACCCUCUGGAGAAUAUAUUCAAGGUCAUCUACAGAAUGUUUCACAUAUGGCCACCUAUAUUUGAAAGUUCGUUCAAAAUGCAAAAUCAAUUUUUUUUAAUGAUAGAGUAUCUUAGCUAUAAAACACAGCAACAUCACUGGCAAAAUCGUAAAUGUGACACUUGAUGAUGAUGUACAAAUGUUAAAUAGCCUAUUGUUUUUUGCCCCUGCAUUUUUAGAUGAAUAAGAAAGCAUAGAAUAUGGCUCAAAUUACAAAAUGGCUUCCUUGGUUUGGAAAGGAUGGAAAUGAGAAUGAACACAGAACUGAACGACAAAUCCGUGCAAAUGAUUUAACAUUUAACCAGACAUUUAAAUAUGUUAAUAACCACAUUAAAACGUCGAAAUAUAACUUACUUACUUUCCUUCCAAAAAACUUAUUUCUACAAUUCCAAAAGGCUGCGAAUUUGUACUUCUUGCUGCAAAUUAUAAUCAUGUCUAUACCUCAAAUUACUGCUCUAAACCCAGCUUCUACAGCAGUCCCACUAACAUUAGUGUUACUUGCAACCAUGGUCAAGGAUGGCUAUGAUGACUAUGGACGUCAUAAAAGUGACAAUCAGUUAAAUAAUCAAACUACGUACGUACUGACAGCAGAGGGUAAUAUAGAAGAACGAAAGUGGCAAGAUGUGGAAACAGGGGAUAUCGUUAAAGUAGAAAAUGACCAGCCAGUUGCGGCUGAUAUUGUUAUUUUAUCAACUAGUGAAGAAAGUGGUCUAUGUUUUAUUGAAACUGCUGAAUUGGAUGGGGAAACAAAUUUAAAAGUUCGUCAACCCUUACCUGAGGUGGCUGAGGUGCUUACAGGAGAAAAAGAACUUAGUACAUUUGAUGGUACCGUAACUUGUGAACUACCAAAUAACAAGCUUGAGAAAUUUCAAGGAAACCUUGAUUGGGCUGGACAUACUUAUUCCCUAGACAACAACAACAUCAUCUUAAGAGGUUGCGUUUUACGUAAUACCCCUUGGAUGUAUGGUUUGGUUGUCUUCGCUGGACAUGAUACUAAGUUAAUGAUGAACACAGGUAAAGGUAUAUUUAAAAGAACAAAGCUGGACCACUUGACAAAUUCCCUAGUUAUUUGGAUUGCUUUGUUGUUAGCAGUUAUUUGUACAUUCUUGUCAAUCAUGUCGUACACAUGGGAAAAUGACAAAGGAAGGAGCUUCAUAUUUUUUCUGCCAUGGGAAUCAUUUUACGAUAAUAAGGCAGGUUUAAUAGCAUUGAUAAACUGGCCGGGAUUUGUAAUGGUGUUAAAUACAUUGAUACCAAUCUCGUUGUAUAUCAGUGUUGAGGUGAUCAGGCUGGGCCAAAGUUUAGUAAUCAAUUGGGAUCUUCAUCUUUAUCACGCAGAAACUGAUACACCUGCUGUUGCGAGGAACACAACUUUAUCUGAAGAGCUUGGUCAAAUUGAAUACAUCUUUUCAGACAAGACUGGUACCUUGACACAGAAUGUUAUGGUUUUUAAAGAAUGUUCUAUAAAUGGUAUUAUGUAUGGCCAUUGUGAGGAAAAUGAGGAUAUUGUUGAUGAGAUCGCCAAUAUGGAUGAAAAGGAUUUUGUUGACUUUUCUGAAAAUAAAUACGCUGACCCAAAUUUCCGGUUUACAGAUUUUGCAUUAAAAGAAGAAAUUGACUCCAACAACCAGGUUGUGGAUGAAUUCUUUCGCCUUCUUGCACUUUGUCAUACUGUUAUGGUUGAAGAAAAAGAGUAUGAUCAGACUGAUUUUAUUCCAUGCAGUGGUGGAAAAACGCCUUUGUUGGAGUAUCAAGCACAAUCACCUGAUGAAGGAGCAUUAGUGUCUGCUGCAACUAACUUUGGAUUUGUGUUUAAGUCUAGAACCCCAACUACCAUUACAAUAGAAAGAAACGGAACGGAGGAAACAUAUGAACUUCUGUGCAUUCUGGAUUUUGACAAUGUUAGAAAAAGGAUGUCUGUAAUAGUAAGAAAAGAUGAUAAAAUAACGCUGUACUGUAAAGGUGCUGACACUGCUAUAUAUGAAUUAUUAUCAAAAGAAAGUCACACUAUCACGGAAUCAACACAGUCUCACCUUGAUACUUUUGCGUGUGAAGGCUUGCGUACAUUGUGUAUUGCUUCGAAAGAUCUGACAGAAAAAGAAUAUAGUGAGUGGUCUGAAAUGUACCAUGCUGCCAGUACUGCCACGGAAGACAGGGAUGGUAAAAUGGCAGAGGCAUAUUGCGCCAUUGAAGACAAUCUGAACUUAUUAGGGGCAACAGCUAUCGAAGACAAACUUCAAGAUGGUGUCCCAGAAGCCAUCGCAAACUUAGCCGAGGCUAAUAUCAAAAUUUGGGUGUUGACCGGAGAUAAACAAGAAACAGCGAUCAACAUUGGUUAUGCCAGCAUGUUGCUCACGGAAAACAUGGUGGAUGUUUUUAUCAUAAAUGGUAGCGACGAGAGGGAAGUUUAUAACCAGAUCAAAAAUUACCAAACCAAGAUGAAUGAAUACGCGAAUAAUAUAAACUCUGCAGGUGCCCAAACAAACAAUGGUGCCCGCGUCACUUUCGCUGGUAGAAAGACAAGCAUGGAGAUGUCCUUUAACUUGGAUGAAGGAGUGGACAUGGACCAAAAAGAGGGUUUCGCCUUAGUUAUAUCUGGUAAAAGCUUGGCCUUUGCUUUACUGGAAAACGUAGAAUUAGAAUUUUUAAAAUUAGGAAAGGCUUGUAAAGCUGUGAUUUGUUGCCGCGUCACACCACUUCAAAAGGCGCUUGUUGUUGAACUGGUAAAAAGAAAUGUAAACGCGACAACACUGGCAAUUGGAGAUGGUGCAAAUGACGUCAGCAUGAUCAAAGCGGCACACAUUGGCGUUGGAAUAAGUGGAAAAGAAGGGAGACAAGCUGUGCUUUCCUCUGAUUUCUCCUUUGCACAAUUUAGAUUUUUAGAAAGAUUGCUGUUAGUACACGGACGCUGGUCGUAUUGGAGAAUGGCGAAAUUUUUGAAUUAUUUUUUCUUCAAGAACUUCGCAUUUACACUUGUUCAGUUUUGGUAUAGUUUCUUCUCGGGAUAUUCUGCACAGACGCUAUAUGAUACGUGGUUUCUAUCUGUUUACAAUGUUUGUUUUACAUCACUGCCUGUGCUGGCGAUGGGAAUAUUUGAUCAGGAUGUUAGCGACAAGAAUUCUCUACUUUAUCCGAAGCUAUACGUUCCUGGUCAAAAAAAUAUAUUGUUUAACAAAAAAACUUUCGCUUUCAAACUCUUGCAUGGUAUAGUCAUAUCGUGUUUGCUAUUUUUUAUUCCGUACGGUAUUUAUCAAGAUCUUGUAGACAGCGAUGGAUUGAACCAUAGCCUAUUAGCACAUCUCGCUGUACUUGUUGGUGCUAUUUUGGUAAUUGUAGUCAAUAUAGAGAUGGCGCUUGAUACCUCCCAUUGGACAUGGAUCAAUCACUUUUUUAUAUGGGGAAGCAUCGUGUUUUACUUCCUUUAUACUUUCACAGUUUACUCAGAAACAUUGUUUAACUUGCUACCUUCGUAUUUUCCUUAUGUGGGCGCCGCCAUCAAUACAUUCGGCAGUGGCGCUUUCUGGGCGGCGUUGUUAGUGACGUCAGCUGUUUGCUUGCUGCCAGGGUUAGGUUUUCGAUGGACUAAACAGAAGUUGUAUCCUACGCUAGCCGAGUUAAUUCGCAAAGGAAUGUGGAAGGAGAAGCGCUCCACAUCGAAAUCGCUCUUUCUCCGCAAAAAGAAAAGAAGUGUUCGCGCACGACCUGGUUCACAUCGUUCCGGAUACGCUUUCUCGCAACAGCCCGGUUUUGGUCAGAUGAUAAUGUCCGGAAAAUGGCUUCCGAAGUUGAAAUUCAAAAAAACUAGAUCGUUCGACGUCACUUUUGAUGCAUCCAAGAAUAGCUCAAAAAUUCGAGAUUCUUCUCAGAAUGAAAACUCGCCUCUGAGGGGAAGUCCGAAGAAAGUCACAAUUUAUGACUAAUUCAUAUUAGCGUUACUUAGCAAGUUAGUGAAUUAAUAUUUUAGCAAGUGAAAUUGAAAUCUAACGCAGGUUAUGUGUCACUUCGCACCCGCUGCGAUUUGACGAGUAUUCUUUUCACUACGGUUUUCGUGAUGCGCUUUAAGUAAACUUAGUGUGACCACUAAACCUGCGAAAUUAAAGAAUAUUUCAGGAAAAUUUAGGUGAAAAUUUGGAUAUUGAGUACAUAGGAAAUUUGUGGAACAAGUAAGGAACGGAAAGGUUUAAUUGUUGUAAUAAGAAACUUAGAUAUUACUGUUGAUUGUAACGUUUUCCCCUGACAUGACAAACAAACUGUCUAGAUUUCGAAGUGAAUAUCCGGAUUCAGUUUUUAGUGGUAGCCUUGGGUAAGAAACCUUUAGAUUACAUUUCUGCUGGUAGCCCUGGGCAAGACGAUGCAUUUUUGGUGGCAGUACUGAUUAAGGCGAAUUAUUAAUCAAACUAUUAAUCCUUUAUUUAUGCGAACUUCGCCCCGUUUUUUAAUAAACUGAGAUUGUUGUUUUGUUGGCGUUCAUUUUAACACCCUUUUAUAUUGUCUGCAUAUUUUUCGAUAUUAUUUUACGCCUAAAACAUUCAUCUACGCACACACGCUUAAUAGCCGCCAGAAGUUUAUUUUAUUUAUUUGUCAAAAACAUUUUUUACCAUUUUCACGAGUAGAUAAUCUUCUUAAUUUUUGUAACAUUUGUUUUCAAUUAUAUUAAAAAACGCACACCACGUUUUAGAGGUUUGGUGAAGAGGUUGUACAUUUGCUGUAACUGUAUUUA